UUUGUCGCAAAAUAUUUCAUCUACUAAACUUUUAAUGCAAUAUUUUACAAUUAUACCCUAUAAUCAUUAUUACAUAAUCUGAAACACUAAUAUUGAUAGAUAAUCUGAAACAUAUAUAACAUAAUUAAGAACAAUACAUACUCAUAAAUGAGCUACAUCUAAUCCCAACAACAAGAGAAGUUAGCCAUACAUAGUCAUGGUGAGCUUACAAAGAUGAAGAAAAAAAUAAGUGAAUGAACAUCACACUUGAUGUCUUAAGAUUGGAUGAAUCCACCUUCAAACUCCCUUUAGAAAACCUAAACUUGAAGUUUCUCUCUGUUUUGUUCUGACAAAAAAGUAAUAGAUCUCGUUUUGCAGCAAUUGAUGGUUAUUUAUACAAGUCAGGAAAUUAGAGACUCGCUAAGCGAGGAGUGUCUCGCUAAGCCAGAAAACUUUCUUCAACAAUGGGUUUACUGACACAUGUACCACCGACCACCACAGCAUGCUAAAGGCACGAACUCCCUGCCAAUUUCUCGUUGUUGGCUUGUUGUGGGCUCGCUUAGCGAGGUGAUGAAAUUGGCAGGGAACUUCCUCUUUCUAUGUUCAAAAUUCAAUUCUAAGUUCAAACACCUACAAAAAUGGUUGGGAUAUGGACAUACUAAUCAAAAAUAGAAUAAAAAAAUAUGUACAUUAAAUUGGGAAUUUUCAUAAGGAUAACUUGCAAAAUAAGUUAAUAAGUGCCUUAAUUCAAUACUCCCCCUGUCCCAUAUUAUAAGUAAAAAAAUUCACUUUUUCUUGUCUCAAAUUAUAAGCAAAAGUAAAUAACUUUGAUCAUUUUCAAGAUUUACUUUUACUUAUUCUUAUGAAAUUUAAUGCAAAUUUCAUUUAAUUUACUCUCUCUCUUCUUUUUUCCAUAAUGAAUAACCAAUCAAAAUUCUUUUUACAUCUUCUCAUGAAACUUUUUUCAAGAAAAACACAAAAAGUCAUACUUCAAAUUAUCACAUUUCACUUUUCUUAAUAAGUGUGAAAUUUUUUUUCUGCUUAUAAUAUGGGAAUGGGACGGAAGGAGUACAUAAAUUAACUACUUUUUGGCCCUUAUCACCAUUCAAGCCCCCCUCAUACCUUCAGCAAAAUUACCAAUAUUAUGUUGAGUAUCCAAUUUAAAAUUAUCUAGCUUACGAUAAAUUUCUCCCACCUUACAACCAAUUUAUCAACCAAGUUUUCACCAUUUAUGAUCCCUCUUUCUAUCACCAAGUUGUGUCUAGCCCUGAGUGGAGAAAGGCUAUGGCAGAGGAAAUUGUUGCUUUGGAAUCCAAUAAUACUUGGACUGUGCGAUCAUUACCACCUGAAAAAAAAGGUUGUGGGUUAUAGAUUGAUUUACAAGGUUAAGUACAGAGCUGAUGGCGCCACACUAGAUCGUUACAAGGCUUGACUAGUUGCUCAAGGUGAAAAUAAGUGGAAAAAUAAAAUGAGGGAAACUGAAAAUAAGUGAAAAAGAUAUCUGGCAUUGCUAUGAGUCACACAGACGCGGUUGAAACUGCCGGUAAUAGACCACCAAAACCUAUUUUUUCUUCUCCUACUAGAUCAAUACUAGAAUCUUCAGCUUCAUGAAAUUUUAUUGGGGCAAGUUUUCCACACUGCAUUAUUUGUGUGGGUCUAUUCAGUUGACUAAUUGCUUUUUUGGUUAGUUGUCCAAACUUGAUUUCUAUUUAUUGAAACUAGAUAUUCAAACUUCUCAUUAAAUGUGCGGAUGAGUGCUACACCAAACACAGAGUCACAGACUAAUCAUAAUAUAACAUCCUUCUUUUCUAGUAGCAAGAAAAAGAAAAAAAAAACUUCCUUCUUUUCUUCCUUGUUUGUUAUCAACAUAAUGGAUAAUAAUAAUAAUCAUAAUCAUAUCCUUAUGUUCUCAAAUAUUACAUACAUCUCCUUCUUUGUAAUAGUAAUAAUAAUAAUCACUUUUUUUCCAACACAAUCCCACUCUCAACCACAACAACCUCAAUCAGUUAACAAUUAUUCAAGUUGUGCAGAAUCCUACUCCUACAACUGCGGUAGCAUCUCCGACAUCUCUUAUCCAUUCUGGGGACAAGAUCGUCCUUCUUACUGCGGUGCCGGCAAACUUUUUUACCUUAACUGCUACAAUAACAGCAUUACUACCAUUCAAUUAUUCUCACAAAACUUUACAGUACUUGAUAUUUACACACAAAUUCAUACCAUGGUACUAAAAAGAACAGAUCUUUCACAAAAUCUCUGUUCUCCUCAAUUUAAUGAUACUCAUUUCAAUCCAACUUUGUUUCAAUAUCCACAACAAAUUGUCAACAACAUCACCAUAUAUUAUAAUUGUAAUUCCACUGUCUCUCAAUAUAUACUUGAAAAUUCUCUAUGUGGAUCUCUCAACCCUUCUUUCUGUUAUACCGGCGGCGAUGGUGAUGAGCAAGAUGGAUUGUUAAGGAAUUGCAAGAAACAUAUUCAAGUGCCAGUGGGACUAGAUUUUCCUAUAAAGGAAGAUUAUUAUGGUUAUUUUAAGCGUGAUGUUCUUGAAAGUGGUUUGAACAAAGGAUUUGAGUUGAAGUAUAGUGUGAAUCAGGAAUGUUUAAGUUGUUUGGGAAAUAGUGAAAUACUAGUAGAAAAUUGUACAUUGAAAAACAAUAAUGAUAUAGAGAAACUUGCAGUGUCUUCUUGCUAUUAUGAUAAUUGUCUAUCUGGAUCCAAUGUUUUUCCCACAAACUGUUCUCCUCUUCACAAAAAUAGUAAGCCGUUAAGCUGGCAAAGGAAAAUGAAAGCUAUCGCAGGAAGUGCAAGUGGAACAUUUGUUGGAUUAUCGAUAUGUAUCAUUAUCAUUUAUUUCAUAUACAAGUUCAUAAAGAAUAAUCAAGAGAUCACAAAUUCUGAUAAAGGCAUUGAAGCAUUCUUAAAAACUCAUGAAGGAUUUACCAUAAGAAGAUACAAAUUCUCAGAUAUAAAGAAAAUGACCAACAACUUUGAAGUCAAACUAGGACAAGGUGGCUAUGGUACUGUAUACAAAGGAAAGCUAAUCAACGACCGCCUUGUGGCCGUAAAGAUAUUGAAUGCAUCCAAAGGAAAUGGUGAAGAUUUUAUGAAUGAGGUUUCUAGCAUUACUAAGACCUCUCACAUUAAUGUUGUUGCCCUUCUUGGAUUUUGUUUUGACCGUCGCAAAAAAGUUUUGAUAUAUGAAUUAAUGUCCAAUGGUUCGCUUGAUAAAUUUAUUUACAACAACCAACCUGGAGCCAUUCAAUCUCUGAGUUGGGAGAUUCUUUAUCAAAUUGCUAAAGGGAUAGCUCGAGGUCUAGAAUACUUGCAUAGGGGAUGUAGCACACGAAUUUUACAUUUUGAUAUCAAACCACAUAACAUUCUUUUAGAUGAGAAUUUUUGUCCAAAGAUAUCGGAUUUUGGGCUAGCAAGACUUUGUCCCAAGAAAGAGAGCAUUAUUUCAAUGUCGGAUGCUAGAGGGACAAUGGGAUAUGUAGCUCCUGAAUUGUGGAAUAGAAAUUUUGGAGGUGUUUCACAUAAGUCUGAUGUUUAUAGUUUCGGAAUGAUGCUGAUGGAAAUGGUUGGAGGGAGGAAAAAUAUUAUUGCUGAUGCAAGUCAAACAAGUGAGAUUUACUUUCCUCAUUGGGUAUACAAUAGGCUUGAUCUAGGCACUGAUUUGAUACCGGGCGAAAUGAUUGCCACAGAAGAUGAGAUCGCAAAGAGAAUGAGCAUUGUAGGAUUAUGGUGCAUUCAACCAUUUCCAAAUGAUAGACCUACAAUGAGUAAAGUAAUUGAAAUGUUAGAAGGCAACAUGAAUUCAUUGGAAAUACCACCAAAACCUCUCCUUUCUUCUCCUACUAGAUCAGUACCAUAAUCUUUAGUUUCAUUUUUGGGGUAAGUUUUCCACGCUGCACUAUUUAUGAUAAUUGUUGUAUAGUAUUUUACUAUAUGCUAAACUGUUGUAAAUUCUAAUACACUAUUUAUGAUAAUACUGUAUGAUAAUUGUUGUAUAGUAUUUUACUA